CGCCCGGCCGCGGGCAGGGAGGCGCCCCGCAGCCGCUGCUCGCCCCUCCGGCUGCCGGGGCGGCGGGGGGAGCCGGCUGCGCGGGGCUGCCCUUCCCCAGUUUCACUUUCAUUUCUUCUUCCGGCUCUCGGCAGCUUUUACCCUGCUGGUCUUCUUGCGCUAGGGCUUGCGCAGUGCCUGGAUGUGCGAAUACUGAAGUCGUCGUCAGUGGUUCUAAGCAAGCAAAAUGUGAGCUGCAGAACAGAGGAAGCUUGUCUUGGAGUUAGACUUUUGAGGUGUUGUGGAUUCCCCUAAGUCUGAUAAAGCUAUGAGGAGUGCCAUUUUUUGUUGGAGCAUCUUAUCUUUCAGACUGAUGUCUGUCUGCUUGCUGUUUGCAUCAGUUGGAAAGCCAUGUCAGAUCAGAAAUAAAAUGGCUGACUGCAGUCACCUAAAGCUGACUCAAAUUCCUUCUGAUCUCCCAAACAAUAUAACAGGUUUGGAUAUCUCUCAUAACCAGAUAAAAAUGUUAUCUCCUGCAAAUCUCACCAGGUAUAAGCAGCUGGUUUACCUGAAUGCAGGGUACAACAGCAUCUCUAAGCUGCAGCCAGAAUUGUGCCAAAAUGUGCCUCUGUUGCAGAUUUUGAAGUUAGAACAUAAUCAGUUGCAUGAGCUUUCUGACAGAGUCUUUGCUUCCUGCACCAACCUGACCGAGCUCAAUCUAGGAUACAACAUAAUAGAAAUAAAAAACAAUCCUUUCCAAACCCUGAAGAACUUGAACACUUUGGAUUUAUCUCAUAAUAAUUUGAAGUCAGCAAAUUUAGGAUCGCAAGAACAGCUGAAGAGCCUUCAUGAGCUUGUGUUAUCUAGCAAUUGCAUCAGUGAACUAAAAAAGGAAGAUUUCAAUUAUCUUAAAAGCACUUCCUUGAAUAGACUUGAUUUGUCAUCAAACCCACUAAAAGAGUUUCAUACAGGAUGUUUACGUGCAAUUGGAAAUCUGUAUGGGCUCAUACUGAACAAUGUUGAACUUGGCGAAAAUGGCACAAAGAAACUUUGCACAGAAUUAUCAAAUACAGCAAUUCAGAACCUCUCCCUGAGCCAUGUGAAGCUUUCAUAUGUUGGCAAGUUAACUUUCCAGGGACUGCAAGGAACAAAUCUUACCAUUUUAAACCUUUCCAAAAAUUCUCUCUCCACAAUAGCUGAUGACUCCUUUCAGUGGCUUUCAAAUUUAGAAUACUUAAGCUUGGCAGAUAAUAAGAUGACUGUGUCUUCUCAUUCACUUUACGGAUUGUCCAAUGUCAAAUAUCUGAAUCUGAAAAAUUCACUUAUUGGGAAAAUUGAAGAUUUUUCCUUUCAUUGGCUAUACCACCUGGAGUACCUUAUAAUGGACAAUAACAAUUUUCCAGGAAUUACUACUAAUAUGUUCACAGGCCUGAACAGCCUGAAAUAUUUGAGUCUUUGUAACUGCAACAUAAACUUACAAAAAAUAACCAAUAAAACAUUUUCAUCGCUUGCUAAUUCCAGUUUGCAGGUUCUCAACCUCACAAAAACUAGAAUCGCUACAAUAGAAAGUGGGGCAUUUUCCUGCUUGGGACACCUGAAAAUUCUUGAUCUUGGCCUCAAUGAAAUAAGCCAGGAGCUCACAGGUCAUGAAUUCAAAGGUCUCAAUAAUAUACAAGAUAUUUACCUUUCCUAUAACAAAAACUUGACUUUGCAAAGUGAGUCAUUCACUUUUGUUCCAAGCCUUAGAAAACUGAUGCUGAGGAAGGUAGGCUGCAGCAAUCUGGCACUUUCUCCUUCACCUUUUCACCCUCUACAGAAUCUCUCAGUCUUGGACAUCAGCAAUAACAACAUAGCAAACAUAAAAGAUGACUUGUUUGAUGGACUUCACAAACUUGAUAUUCUGGAUUUGCAGCACAAUAAUUUAGCUCGGCUUUGGAAACAUGCAAAUCCAGGUGGCCCUGUUCUUUUUUUAAAAGAUCUUCCCAAACUGCGUGUUCUUAAUUUAAAAUCAAAUGGGUUUGAUGAGAUUCCAGUUCAGGUUUUCAAGGGUCUGUUUCAACUAAAUGAUUUGGAUUUAGGAUCAAAUAAUUUGAAUUUGCUUCCAGCAACUUUAUUUGAUGGCCAAGUCUCUCUGAAUUCAUUGAACCUUCAGAAAAAUCUAAUAACCUCUGUUGAAGAAAAAGUGUUUGGCCCAGCUUUUAAGAGCUUGAGAAGACUGGAGAUGGAUUCCAAUCCAUUUGAUUGCACCUGUGAAAGUAUUGCUUGGUUUGCCAGUUGGCUUAAUGUGACCCAGGCACAUAUACCUGGAUUGCAGUCCCAGUACAUUUGCAACACUCCACCUAAAUAUCAUGGUAGUCUGGUGUUGCAUUUUGAUAGUUCAGCCUGCAAAGACAGUGCUCCUUUUAAACUACUCUUUGUGAUCACUACUACUGUUGUGAUGCUACUCAUCUUCAUUGUUCUUCUCACCCAUUUUGAAGGUUGGAGGAUAGCUUUCUACUGGAACAUUUCAGUAAAUCGAGUACUUGGUUUUAAAGAAAUUGACAGACAGCAGGAAGAAUUUGAUUUUGAUGCCUACAUUAUUCAUGCAAGAAGGGACAAGGAUUGGGUGUCUGAGAACUUCAUCCCUCUGGAAAAAAAUAACCAGUUUCAAAUUAAGUUUUGUUUAGAAGAACGGGACUUUGAAGCAGGGAUAUCUGAAUUUGAAGCCACAAUUAACAGUAUAAGAAAGAGCAAGAAGAUUAUUUUUGUUGUGACUGAACAUCUCUUAAGGGAUUCCUGGUGCAGGAAGUUUAAGGUAUAUCAUGCUCUUCAGCAAGCUGUUGAACAAAGUCGGGAUUCCAUCGUAUUGAUCUUUCUUCAUGAUAUCCCAGACUACAAGUUGAAUCAUGCCCUUUGCUUGAGAAGAGGAAUGUUCAGAUCUCGCUGCAUCUUGAACUGGCCAGCUCAGAAAGAACGAGUGAAUGCAUUUCAUCAGCAAUUAAUGAUGGCACUUAAGUCUAAUAGUAAAGUGCACUGAAUUUUGAAAAUAUGAAUUUGAAAUUAUGAAGACAUUUUAUCGCAUAUUUUCUAUAAUUAGAAAACAAGCCUUCAGGGGGGAAAAAGGAAGACAAUUUCUCAUAUUAGAAAAAUAUAUAAUCACUGUAACUUAAUUUACUUGUCCAGAUUCAUGUUCUUGCUGAUAUUUUGAUUCACUGUGCUGAAGUGGCAUGUUAAAAUGGACCAUGAUUUGAUAGUAAUCUCAGUCUGUAUCAAAAAUGAGAGCAGAAUUAAUUCUCAGAAGCGGUGAGAAUGACUGAAGUCUUAGGAAAAGUGUUCAUCUGAAGUAAUGUAGAAAAUAUAUUGACCCUCUACUGUAAAGAAACAUGUAAAGGAAUGCAGUAAUAAAAUAUCAAAUGCUGUGGAGAGGGUAGAAUGGACCCUACUAUUCACUUUCACAAGAUGAGAUUCAGUGAAACAGAUUUGAAAACUUUCCAUGUGAAACAGUAAAUAACAUGCAUAUUACUUCUAUAGGUGAAGGCAAGAAUGUAGCAGAGCUUCAAAGUGAUUUUUUUAAACCUUCAUUUUAAGAAAAUAAAGCAACAGAAAAACUUGGCUGUGUGAGCAGACUGUUCAGAACAUGCAGUGAAGGAUCACUUAAGCCUUCUCAAUGAGGUUAGGACUGAUCACUAUGAAAAACAGGUUUUCAGACUGACUAGUCAACUGAUUUAACCAACUUCUGAUUUAAAGAAAUUUUCCUCUUUCCUACUGAAAUUCAGAAAUCUACUAGAAGGCCAUUUAUGCUGAGCUAUCUUAAUUCUUUGUGUGUGUAAAACUUGUGUGCAGGCCUUCAAGUGGAACUUGAAAUCAAUGCCAAACAUGGCAAAGGCCUAGCUGGUAUGCCUGUAUAAGCUGAAUAAAGGCGCAGAUGUUUUUGUAACAUAACUAGAAGACUUCUGACUGCAGUUAUAGAUAAGAGUGGGAGAAACUUCAUAAGUAGACUGAUUUCAAACUUUCUUAACAUUCUGCAGAAACAUGGGUUAGCUGGCAAUUGUAUAGCAUUAAGGUUCAAACCUAUAGGGUAGCAAUUUGGAGACAGCUGGGAACCAGCAAAGCUUUCUGAAAGGUGUUUGCAAUGUUUGGAGCCAGUUGCAAUUUUAUGGAGUGUUUGAGCAUGUAAUUGUAAAUUAGACUCUAGGCAGACCUUUGUGUAUUUCUGUUAAUGUUUAAGUUGUCCCUGUGGAAAACUUUAAUUUUUUUUUUGUUUGUUUUUUAGGUGUUUGAUCCUUCAGGAAUAAAUUUUUUAUUGUUUUUUCUUUUUUGCUAGCCUUUCCCUCAUCUAUUCCAAUACCACUCUUACUGUAAGAAUUCUGAUUCUUAGAUUUCAGAUCAAUACUUCACAUAGAUCAUUAAAAAGCUGCUCUUAUAAAUAUGUAUAGAUGAAAAACUAGGUUUUAGUAGGUAUUUUUUUUUUUUUUUUUUUUUUUUUUUUACGAUUAAAAACAUGAAAAGGAGCAUACACUGGAUUCAGUUGCUUAUGAAAUCCUGUAGUGGAAACAAAAGGCUUUGUUUACAGGUAAAGUGGUAGAUAAUGAUUCCCUGAUUAUGGUAAUAGAAUGAUCCCCAUUAUGACGCUUUCAGCUCUUCUUUCUGACCUUUGCAGGCUUGUGACAAAUUCUCUCUUCAUGCUUAGGCCCUGCAAGUUGAGGAGGCAUGACACUAAGGAGGGGGUGCCAGGUAUGCACCAUGUCCAUUGCUCUUUUCUUUAAAGGCUAACAUGAAAUGGGUUCUUAGGUUUCCUAAAUCUGAACUGUAAUGGCAAAUAGCGAAGUUUCUCAUUCCACCUCAAUGUAAAUUGUCUAGAAAAUUCUAGCAAUUCACAUUGAUAUCAAAAAUAACAAAAGUAUGUAGAGAAUGCAUGGAGAAAUGCUGAGGUGAAAUGUAAUGGGAUACAAGAGGUUAGACUUAAAUCAUCUAAUGGUCUGUUCUGUGCUUAAACUGACAAAUGACUGUAGUAACAAGGUCUUUGAGGAAUUUAGACAAAAGAUGCCUGAAAAUAGGUCUCAACACUGAGUAAACAUGGGUACUUAGUUUUGUAAUAUGACUAAAUACAAACUAAAAGUACUUGCUGAGUCAGAAUCAUUUUAAAUGAUAAAAGUAUGAUAGCGUGUUUUAAACAGUUAUCUUAAGACCUACAUUCAGUUUAAAAUCAUCUAUAACCCAAGAAAUUCUGGAGGGUUACAGUAAGAAAAUGAGAUUAGUGUUAAAAAUGAGAAAACAGAAGCACAUGUUAGACAUGGGACAAUGUUACAACAUCAGUGACUUGACAAUUUUGAUAUGGAAUUUCGCCUUUCAUCUGUAAGUUAUUUACUUAUGCUCAGCCCCAUAUAUGUCUGACAUUUUAUUAUAAAGAGGAAAUAAAUCAGACUUCUUGUGGUAGUGAUCAGUUGCAAGUACUUUCAGGAUUAACAAUACGUGAGCUGGCUAGUUACCAGACCAUCAGACAAUGAUGGCAACUUGCUAAGGAACUGGAUACCAAAUCAAAAAUAUCAGACUUGUCAAACAUAUAUCUAGAACUACGAAGACUCUUCUGUGUUGAAAGCAGAAUAUUUAAGGGACUUAAGCAAGGUAGAAUGCUUGAAUCUGUAGAGUCAAAGUAGAAUCUGAGUAUUUCUGUGGUACAUAGGUGACAGGGAAUGAAUCUGUUACAGAUAGUGAUGUUCAUAAUUUUUCCUCUUCCAGGUCUUCAGGCAGGAUUGCUAAUGCUCAGAUUUAGGGGCUGCAAGCUCUUGAGCUGGGGGCAUGCAGCUGAAAUAUGCUACACAUUAAAGUGCUUAAUUGUGUUCAUUUCACUGUGGCUUAGUCAAGGCUUAAGCAGAAAUAUAUUAGGCUUUUUGGAAGGGUGAGGAAUAAAGUUGGAUUGUGUUGCCUUUAGGUUUUAUGUGGACCUUUUCUAUAAGGUUUGAUAUGAGCAGAAUAUUAUUUCAGUUUGUAAGGAGAAAAGAAUAUCCCAACUUCACAUCUCAGUCCUGUGCUUGGGUGUAGUGAGUGCCCCACUAUACUGGCUCAGCUGCAUUCCCUGAUGUACUAGGAAGAGUCAGAUAAUUCCCCACUUUACCCUCAGUUGCCAUCUACUGGCAGCUGUGGGUGGUAUGAGUUGAUAGUGAACUAAUUGCUUGAUAGAGGGCCCUGGACUAGUAUGUAGGAAGGAACUAUAGUAUCCUCCAGUCUGUACUGCUUUUUUGGAUGCGGCUGGGAGCUAUGCUAGUUGCCAUACUCUAAGCUGGCACAGUUUGCCCUGUCCGCAACACUGGCUGUUAGCAUUCCUGUGUGGCUGCUGGUGUGUCCAUGCCUCUCCCCACUUGGAUAGACAGCCCUGUGCUGCAAGUCCCCAGCAAGGCUGCUCUGGUGUUUGCCCCAGCUGUGAGCACCACACCGACCUGUGGAGGGGCACUGCUGCUGGUGCUUAUAGUGAAGCAGAGAGGUCUUUGGCCAGGGACACCUCUCUGUGCUGCUCCCCCUGUCUACUCCUGGUGGAGUUGGUGAGGUCUUUGCAUGUAGGCCGAUGCCCCACUGCAGCUUCCCUGUGUGGCUGUGAAAAGUGCCAGGAUUGGAUCUCUACCAGUGCAUGUUUCUAUUGACUCCUUUCCAUGCAGCACAUGGUGCACUGGAAAAGGGGGGGGGGGGGGGGGGCUGCAAUCCUGGCAGAUGGCACUUGUUUCUGCCCAUUAAUAUUAGAUGGCAAUUAAAUUAAAGAGAAAAAUGUAUUUUA